AUGGAAUUCAACAAGGUUCUUGCCUUUUCUAUCUUGAUUUUUCUCAUAAUCCCAACCCUAAUAGCCGCAGAAUGCACAUGCGACGAAGAAGAUGAAGAUAGAGACAAAUCCAAAGCUCUUCGUUACAAGAUAGCUGCUUUAAUAUCAAUAAUGGUGGCAGGUGCAAUCGGUGUUUGUAUACCACUUCUUGGUAAACUGAUUCCGGCGUUAAGUCCCGAAAAAGAUAUAUUUUUCGUCAUCAAAACCUUUGCUGCUGGUGUGAUAUUAUCCACCGCUUUCAUACAUGUGCUUCCUGAUGCUUUUGAGGAUCUCACUUCUCCUUGUUUAAAGGAACAUCCUUGGGGUGAUUUUCCGCUCACUGGUUUUGUGGCUAUGUGUACUGCUAUGGGGACUCUUAUGGUGGAGACUUACGCCACUUCUUAUUUUCAAAAUCAGAAUUCUAAGAAGACACCGAAACAAGUCGAGAAUCAUGAGUCAUGCUCUGAUGUAGAGAAAGAUGGAGGGCAUGAAGGACAUGUGCAUGUUCAUACUCAUGCUACACAUGGUCAUGCACAUGGCCAGGUUUCUUCUUCUUCGGAUCGAUCAUCAGAACUUCUUCGUCAUAGGAUUAUAUCGCAGGUAUUGGAGUUGGGGAUUGUUGUUCACUCGGUUAUAAUAGGAAUUUCUCUUGGUACUUCUGAGAGUCCUAAGACCAUAAAGCCACUGGUAGCUGCGUUAACUUUUCAUCAAUUUUUUGAGGGCAUGGGACUUGGAAGUUGUAUAACUCAGGCAAAUUUCAAGAGUCUAUCAAUUACUGUCAUGGGAUUGUUCUUUGCUUUGACAACUCCAAUUGGAAUCGGAAUUGGGAUAGGCAUCAGUAGUGUUUAUGAUGAGAACAGUCCAACAGCACUUAUUGUUGAAGGAGUCUUCAAUGCAGCUUCAGCUGGGAUAUUAAUCUAUAUGGCACUUGUAGAUCUUCUUGCUGCUGAUUUUAUGAAUCCAAAGAUGCAAAAGAGUGGUAGUCUUCGAUUAGGGUGUAAUAUAUCUCUUCUAUUAGGAGCUGGAUGUAUGUCUCUUUUAGCCAAAUGGGCUUAG